GGUGGGCGGGAGGGAGAAAAGGUGGCUUCCCUGACCAAUAGCACCUCAGUGUCUAGGUUGUUCCUGGACCGCCACCCUGGUGUUAGGUGCUGUGUCAGGCUGCGCGCACUGUGGUGGCGAGACGCUGCCAGUGGAGGCCUGGGUUGGACGGGAGCGAGCUGCAACAUCCAGGGGACGACAUGCCAACUGCCAAGCAACUAGCUGACAUUGGCUACAAGACUUUCUCCACCUCCAUGAUGCUCCUUACUGUGUAUGGGGGUUACCUCUGCAGUGUUCGAGCCUACCACUUUUUCCAGCGGCGCAUUGCCCGGCGCCAGGCUGCAGAAGAACAGAAGACCUCAGGAGACCUGUAGAACUGGGGGGUUCCUCUCCUUGACCAGAGAGGCCUGAGGCAUGCUAUGGAAAGAGCUCACCUACAAUCAUCCAAAUCAAGAGAACCAGGGCCUUAAUGGUUUUCAAGUCCUGCUGGGGAUGAGCGCCCGUGUUUUCUCUGGAACUGCCAGUAUAAGGAGGCUAUCAGAUCGUAACAGGAAUUGGGGCAGGGGGAGGCACAUGCACAGACAUUAAAUAUUUUGUCAUGUC